AUGCAGAUCAUAUUGACCUUUGGUUUCGCAUUGUCAACGUUCUUAUAUCUCUGUUGGGCGGAUGUAUAUCUUCAUUUUCCUCCUGGAAGCAACAAUAGAUUGAACGGGAACAAGGAAAACGUGGACAACGAUGACAGGCUUUUCGACUCUCAGGUGGGUGUCACGAAGCAUGCAAUUGAUGUCUUAUACUGCGCAUGCUUGUAGAUAACCGACUCCGCUACUUAAACUGGAUUCAAACGUCCCGUGGAAACAUUUCCCUUUCGAUCAGGCAUGAUUACUGAUCACUACACUAUGCAUGCAUACACACACACACACACACACAUAUAUAUAUACACAUCCGUUGUCAAAAUAAAAUUUACCUUUUGUUUUCUCAUCAAAAGGAGACUCUAUAUAUAUAUAUAUAUAUAUUUAUAUGUAUCAUUUAUAUAGCAUAUAUAGAGUAUAAAUAUAUAUAUAAUAUAUAUAGAUAUAUUAUCUUUAUUUUUAUUCUAAUUAUUCAUUUUGUCUUAUUAUUUGUGGUUUUUGUCUUUGAAGGAUUAUUUUUCGAAGAUCUAUUCUAGCAACUAAGCCAAUCUGUAAAUUCAAGAUACAAUGAAGUUGCAUAGCUUUACUUAAGCAGACUGAGACCCCUCGACCAGAACUAAUUAACAUAAAACUUCUCCAAAUAAUUUCGAAAUAUUUCCAUCAGUCAGAUAAUGAGAUCAGACAGAAUUCUCAAUCAGAGGAAGUCAUCUUUAUUUAAAAAUUUAAAUUGAAAUAAAAUAUACACACUCAGUCGUUUGCUGGAACUAUUGUUUGGUGUUGUUCCCUUUUAUCUUAAUCAGUUCUUUAUUAUCCUCUUUUAGAACAAUGGUAAGGGCGGUUACAACGUUGGAGACAGCGGAACUGGCACUACCGGGAACAAAAUACCGAAAGACAGGCAGCUUCCAUUGGUUGGAUAUAUUUUCAAUUUAAAGCAUACUCUUAAGACUCUUAUCCUCAUUAGAGUAAUCAGCCUGUUUUGCCGCCAACUCAUUUUAUACAUUGAUAUAUAUUUAUGACCAAGUGCCAAUCAUGUCCUACACAGCUGUUGAUCCUGACACUGCGUUAGAAGUUUCCAUGGUUUUGCAAGCAUAUUUAGAGAAACCAUAAGCGAAAUCAAAAUACAUUACAAGUAAUGAUCAACAAAGAAAACAAACGGCAUUAGGAGCUGCUGCAUUCGAAGUUAAAUAAGCAAUUUCACAGAAAUGGCGUCAAAAUCGUGCCCUAGAUUGGGCAGUGGCACACAAUGUUCAAAUCCAUGCCAGGCGUGAUAGGCAAUUAUUGGAUGAGGUCGAACAUGAUAUCAUGAAUUAUCAAAACCGAGGUCUGAGUUAAAACCGCGGUGAAGAUAUCCUGUUUUUUAGCCAGGAAUAUUAAAACAUAUUAGCAAAUAAACUAAGGUAUUAUACAAAGAUUUCCAUCACUGAAAAAAGCCGAAACAACACACGUGAAAAAAUACGAUAUUUUUUCACGUCUGUUUGAUAUCGCCAAUCAGCUGCUGAAAGCGUCACUUGGUCAGGAUGAAAACUUUGUAUAUUGAAAAUCACGCCCAUUGUUGUUUUAGUAACGAUUCAACGCACUUUUUCAUCUUGAGCUUUAGUGCAAACGCAUCUUACGAUUCUUAUUCAGGGACUGUCGAUCCCGGCCUUAUAUUUUCAUUCAUGAGUAAAGUCGUGACUUUUCUUGUCAGUAAAGGGCUGGUGUGUUUAUACGAUAAACAAAAUAAUACAUGGUUGCUUGUAGAUAUGAAAUUUGUUCUAGUGUUCAACUCGACAUCUUACUCGUUAUAUGCGCUCACUCGUAGGCUAUCAAGUGGAACACUCGAAGAGAAAUUCCAUAUCCACGUGCGCCCAUGUGUUAUUCUCUAAUUCAUUUUUUUUUUCUCGCCAAAUAGUUCAUAAAUAGGUCCUUUUUUUCUUGAACCAAAGGAAUUUUUCAUGAGCGGCAGUAAAGAGAAUGCAAAAACUGAGGUUGAAAUUAUGUGGACAAAUCAACAUGGAACCGGAACAGAGAGUGCAGACAUAGUGGAAUCACAAAUCAUCCUGCAAUACAUGUGUCAAGAAGUUACGGAGUCUAAAUAUAAGCAUCCCAACAUUCGAAAUGGUGAAGAACGGGACAAGCAAAAUUUCAAUGCCGGCUCACAAGAAAAUAAUGUAGUGAAAAUGGAACGCGGAUUGCAUGAGCCCUUAGAGUACUACAGAACCUAUCAGCGCAGAGAAAGAAACAAAGGUGGCAUUUUCUAUUAGAGUCAAUAUUCCUCUCAACUCACUUCUCACUUUUCCCGAUUAAGUUUUAAUCACACUUUAACAAAGAAUUCAAACAUUUCUAGCCUCAGAUAUUGCAUUUCACAGAUUUGUUUACCGCUAAUCAAGACCUAAAAGGUAACAGUGCAAUUUACACCAGGCAGAACCCAGAUGGGAAGAGAAGGGGAUUUGAAGUACCAGAGGAACGUGAUUACUAUCCUUACUGGGGCCCCACCCCCUGGAAGGACAUUGCUAUCUUGGUCAGUGACAGCACUACAAAAAGUGCUAUACGGGAUCAUGUGAAGAGAGACUACGGAAAAAAAUGUAAGUUUUUCAAAUACUUCCCCUCAUAAGAGUCCACGAUUGUAUGUUGAAAAAUGACGCUCUUUGGUUAACUUUCAGGGUUGUGCAUUAUAGAUGAUGGUGUCGCAAAAACUAUCUGUCCAAAAGUGUCUCAAAAGAACAAACGAAACGCAAAAUGUGUGGCCAGGUUCAUUACACAGGAUUCGUGCCAAGGCGCAGGAGGAAGUUGGACCCAAGUACAAACAAACUUCAUAGAAAAGUUCGCAUCUAAGGACAAGGGUGUGGCGUAUGAGCCUCAUCUGAUAACACAGGGUACUGCAGAGGGCAAGCAAGGUCUUGUACUGGCAGACUCCCCUGAGGUUUUAGACGCACCAUCCACAGUUGUGAAUCACAAUGGAAUGAACAUGGACGGGAAGUUCUCCUCAUACAAAUGGAAGAUUCCUCACUUUCCUUCAAACACUCCACAACGAUGCGUGUUGAGAAUCAGGUAAGAAAAGUCAAGUUUAAAUUUUUUUAUUUAGAUCUGUUACGAGAUCCGAAUACGAAUUUUGAAACAAGUAUGGUAGAUGUGAUCAUUAAUUUAAUUUGAGUUCCUCCAUUGCAACCUGGUAAAAUGGUUAAAUCGAGGUAACAAACGCAGAUUAAGGAAGGCUCACGGAAAAUAAAUCAUGAUUUUGAAUAGGUCUCCUAGCAUUCAUAUGCCCCUCCCUUCCAUUCCCAACCAUAUGCAAGAAAGGUGCGUAUUAGUCUGGUUUUCAUGCAACACUUAAGUGAUCCUUUAUAUCAACAAAACAGGAGGCGUUUCCAAAUCGUCUCCAAAGUAAUUUGAAACCCUGGUGCUAAGCAAAUUGCGGGGUGACCUCCUUCGACUAUUGCUUCCUCUGCAUCCAUCCUGAACUUGUUACUCUGACCUGUGUGGAAGAGGGCCUGAAUCUUAAGUUUUCUGUUUUCUCUUCGGUCAUUAUAAUUUUUUUCCUACAUUUUCAUUACAUUUUCAUAUAAUUAACUGUGACAUGCUGGUUUAAAUUGACAGAUAUAACAUCACAACAAAAGAUGUACCGAGGACGUUUACUGUUUCAAAUAACGAUGGGUGAGUAAACAGGAGGACUGAUUAUGUUCAGAGUAAAAGCUGGGAAUUUCCUCUUUAUGCAUAUCGAAUUCUCUGCUGAAAUAUCUUUCAGUUUUUAAUUUUGUAACAAGUUCUCCUUGCUUUUUUGUUUACUUGUUUACUUGUUUCCUUGUUUUUGUUUUGUUUUGUUUUUGUUUGUUUGUUUUAUUUUAAGCCACCUUCGCAAACUUUAUGCAUCAAUUAAUAAAGGGUUAAGUAUACCUUGUCGAUAUUAGGUUGUAUUAAGACUUUAUUGAAUGGGUGUAAAAUAAUCAGUCAGUGUUAUGGCUUCUAUUAGUUAAGCGGUCAAGGGGGGGACUAUGGAAAAUUAAAUGCCAAUUAACUGCCAGUAAGAGGGGAUCAUAAGAAUAUCACCGAGCCUUAUGGGUAAUUUUAUUACGACACAUCCAAGUGAGGUUAAGGAACAGCAGUAAAAUCGUGAAACAUUAUUGCCUUUUUUAGCGAAGAGAAUAAUCCCAAAACACUUGCUGUUGACGGCAAAACCAAACUUCAACUAGCCUUGAACACCGCUCAACUGGGUCGUACAUUCCAGGACAGAUCACAUGUAAUCCACCUCAAGCCAAGAAGCUCUUUGCUUCAAAAAUUCCAGAAUUCCAAAAUCUUCUACAUCGGAGGAAUGGGAAAGAGAGGAAACAUCGUUCAGACUUACCCAGCCAUGGAAUAUCGCUUUACCCCUGAACGUAUCACUGUUACAACAAACGAUGUCUUGUGCUUCGCUUGGUCAGGUGAGUCUGUUUGCAGUAACGUAGUUACCGUGGAGCGGAAUGUUUUGUGUUUUAAGGUUUGAUACUGAAGUCACGUCAUGGUAAUUUAUCUAGAUUUCUGACAUAAAAACCUCAGCACGAGGGAAACCGCAAAAAAUUUUUCUGAAAUGUAAAAACAGUGGAGAUGGAAAAUUAAAAUUCACAGAUUGUUACGAAUUACAAAUGGAGGACUUAAGAAGUUUAGGCGAAUUUUUUCAAGAUGCUCAAAGACCGUAACCAUAGCUACUAUGAUACAUAUUAUAAUACGUGCGCUAGAGCCCAGAGUAAAAUGAGAAUAUUUAUGCAAGUGAAUUGGAGUGGUGAGGCAGCUAAGUCGUAUGUUGAAGGCCUCAAAGGUAGGAAAAUCAGCCAAAGCAUUCUCUCAAGCCAUCAUCGAACUUUGAAGUUAUAGACUCAGCACUGAAUUCAUUAGCGAAAAGAAAUCCAUCAUUUUCCACAUAAAUUAUUUAUCGUCAAAUUCGGACAGAAUUAGCUCAACUUCACUCAAUAAUCAUAAUUACAGUCAGAGAGUUAAUUUUUCGUUUCCAAUCCCUUCUUCAGGUUCCAACGAUAAUCCAGAUAAUGAGGGCCAAGGGAAAAAAAGUGAGUAAUUUUGAUGAAAAUUUGCUCCAUGGAGAUUAAGCAUUAAUGUGAAUAGAAAGUAAACAUAAUUACAAUCGAAUCGGUAUUUAGCGGUCACCCACGGGGAAUAGUGAGGUGACCGUUAACUACAGGUUCCACAGAACAGGUGUUCGACUGUAUGCGUUCUUGUGGGAUAAAAAAAAAAUGUUGUCUUGCUUAGAUCUGAACCUGCAAAGUGUACAUUUCAUUCCUUUAAAGAAUCUUAAUUGAACACUGAAAACCCAAAGCUUCAUUGAUUCUCUUUGGGAUGGUCAAUGAAAUAAAACAAUUCUCUCUGUCAGCACCCGGACAUUUCAUCUUAAAGAAAUUUUUGUAUCUCUUCAGGAUCAGACAGAACAAACGUGUGCUGGGUAAAGGAAGGAUGCCAAUCACUUAAACCAGAGGCUUGUACGAGCCUGCCUCUUGAAGUAGUUGAACAGGGUGAUAAGGCCGACAAGUUGAAUCUUCACCUCAACACUGGAUGCUACAGCGGUAACCUAAAUAAACUGAAUGUUCAACUGGACAACGCCCCAGCCUCCUGCAACCCGCCUUGCUUCCGCAUCACGAAGCGUGGGACAUACUGUUACAUGAGCACGCGCAAUAACAACUUCUCCAACCGCCGUCACAUGGGACAGAUUACCGUUAAUUAA